GCCUCGCUCGCUCGCUGCAUUGUGCGCUCGUGGGAUGGGGCGGCUGGCCCGAGGCGGGCGGCUGGCCACGCAAGCGGUGCACAUCUCUUCCAGAUACAAGGAGAACGAACUCCCGAGAAAUCCGCAUGUUUGAGUCUCCCCCUCUGCAAUGGCAUCUUGGCCUGUGCUGGCCUGGGUCCUGCUCAUCCGUUUCAUUGCUGAUUACCUGAAUGGAAUUCAAGCCCGGGAGUUUACAGUGAAAGACAUUGUCUACCUUCAUCCUUCAACUACUCCGUAUCCUGGGGGAUUUAAGUGUUUCACCUGUGAAGAAGCAGUCGACAACUAUGACUGCAACCAGUGGGCUCCAGAUAUCUAUUGCCCAAGAGCUACACGAUACUGCUAUACUCAACACACGCUGGAAGCCAAUGGAAAGAGUGUAUCUGUUACCAAGCGCUGUGUUCCUCUGGAAGAUUGCCUGUCUACAGGAUGCAUAGAUCUCCAGCAUAAAGGUUUGAAGGUCUGCACUUCCUGUUGUGAGGGAAACAUCUGCAACUUGCCGUUACCCAGAAAUUCAAGCGAUGCCAUAUUUGCAACAACAACUCCCAUAAACCACACACAGAGACAUUUGCAAAGUGUACCAGUCAUAAUGGCAUGUCUCCUGCUAGUUUUUGCUACGUAGACAUCCCAGGAUAAAGUGCCACUUACAUAUUGAGAAAAGCAUUCAAGGAUGAAAGUAUUUAUGAAUACGUAUGACUUAUUUAAUAUAUGUUUUUAAACCUUUCUUUCUUAGUGACAUUUCUAAACUCAGCUGUCUUGAAUUCCUUUUAGCCUUGGCUGGUUAAAAAGCCUUUGUUUUAAUCUGUGUCUUUGGUUUUAAAAAAAGGAGGACAGAGUUUUGUUUUAACUCUAAUACUUUGAAGGAAACCUUUUGGAAGCAAAAGAUUUUGGUCACUGCAAAUACUUGAUCGAAAAGGUAUAUUUCUUCCUAAGUAGUAGCUUUCGACUUCUGAAGGGAAUAUAUCUAGAGUUUACUACAUAACAGUAAUACCAAUUAAAACCAGGGCUCCCCAGUGAAGCCACUCCACUAUGCAAAAAAAGGCUUUUGAUUAAUCAGCUGACAGCACUAAAGAAAUAUUAGUUGAUUGAUCUUUCUAGUUUGAAUAAACUGCAUACGUUAUUGCAUAUGAAUGAAAAGAUCCUCUUGAAGGAAAAGCAUUCUUGGUUCAUGCAUUUAUGGAAAGCACGUACCAGCUUAGAAGCAUUUCCUUAUGUGUGACAAAGGAAGUCCAUGUCCAUGGCUCUUCCAAGAUGGUUCCUGUACCUUCUGCUGGGUCAAUGUUUUGUUUUCUUUUUUAAAAAAGUAGCAUUUUCUUUCACAUAUCCGUUACCCAGUUAAUUUGGGUCAUUGUUUCAAUACAGGCCUGUUUUAGGCACGUCUGAUAAUAAUAAUUUAUUAUUUAUACCCCGCCCACUCUGUGUGGCUCCCAACAAAACAUUAAAACCACAAUAAAACAUCAAACAUUAAAAACUUCCCUAAACAGAUGUCUUCUAAAUGUCAGAUAGUUGUUAAUUUCCUUGACAUCUGAUGGGAGGGAGUUCCACAGGGCAGGCACCACUACCGAGAAGGCCUUCUGCUUGGUUCCCUGUAACUUCGCUUCUCACAGUGAGGGAACCGCCAGAAGGCCCUCGGUGCUGGACCUCAGUGUCCAGGCAGAACGAUGGGGGUGGAGACGCUCCUUCAGGUAUACUGGACCUGGAACGCCACCCCUGUGCAAACGGGGAACUGCCUGUAUUUCAAAAGACUUUUAAUUAAGACUGCUGUCCUGUAUACACUUCCCCAAGGGUGAAGCCCAUUGGACUCAAUGGGGCUUUCUGAGUAGAGUCCUGCACACUCUGUGCGUACCUCUCUGAUCCAGUGGAGCAUUCCUCUGAGUAAACUUUUCCAGGAGGGCACUGCACAUGUUGCAAACCCAGUUUUGAUGUGCUUACAGAUACAUCCCCAUUUCCUUUGUGGAUCCGCCCCUGUAAUUGAUGCUGGUUGUGUGCAUUGGAGCCCCUUAAAGUUGUACAUUGGGCAUCGUUAGGCUGCUGUCAUGGGUCAGUAGGACUCACCUACAAAAUGUCUAUUGAGAAUCCGAGUUUGGAUCGAAACUUCUUGACAGAGGAACUUUGUGGACAAAUUUCUUUUCAGUAAGGAAAUGCUUCCACUGAAAUGUGUUUUACUAAUCCAGACAAUACUUUUGACACAUGAGAGGGUUUAUUUUACAUACUAGAUCACAGUAUUUAUUUUUGUAAGACAUGAUCAGGAUUGGUGACAUGUUAUACAGUGUUCUAUUGUUAAGCAGCUAUGGGUAGUGCAUGGGCUGUUAGUAUGUCAUGGCAAACCAUGGUUUACUGUGAAUGUGCAGAAUGUGUAGCUCCCACUUCUUUCUUGUUCACUAGUGAGUGGAGGCAAUGAGAUGUGGUCCUCUGGUGUAACAUCAAAUCCUAACUGGAGCAAAACACCAGCUAACCUUGGUUCAUAUGUUGGGGAUCAUCAUGGUUGUGAAGUGGGUAUCAUGGUGUGUUAACACAAAACAACCAUGACUUGCUAUGAUAUGUGUUUUCAGCCUAUAUGUGACAAUGAUAAUUUUUUAGACUAGUGCUGUGGGGGGUGGGGAAGUAAAGUCGAAGCUAAAUCAAAUAUGUGUCACUGCCUUAUGACAGUAUAAAGGAUCAGUGGGAUUUUAUAUACAACGAACAGCCGUGUAAUCAUGAGUUAUAGUGAUUUUUAUGAGUUGUCUUUGGCUUUUUAUUAUGUUUGGCUAAUGCUGAUCCAUGGGGACCUGGCACUUUUCCAAGUUACAACGCAUAUUCAAGCUGUAAACCAAGGGGAGGGGGGGAGGGGAAAAUGGGAAUAGAGAACUGUGAUCAAAUGUAUUCUAAUAAGGAAGAAAUCUUUUCUAAAUCCCAAGUGCUUCAUAAAAAUUUCUGUCCAAAGCAAACAAACCAGCAUCUACCAGCCUCAUAUUCUGUGCUGUGUUUGUAGACACACCCCCAUAUCCUAAAAUAUUUGUAAUGCAACUACUUUAUGAAAACACGGAACUCACAUAUUCAUUGCAGGACUUUGUGUGUGAUAUGUAUGUGUAUAAAUAAAUGUAAACCUGCUGCCUCUAUUAUAAGAACACGCCAUACUAUCCAUUUAUGCAUCAAGGCGCACACAGGAGUCUGAACUGGAGGCAACUAGAUAGAAAUAAUUUUCACUUUUUUCAGCAGCCCUGGUUCAAAAUCCCAUGUACACUGCUAGAGGGAUCAGUUGGGAGUCAGAUCCAUUGGCAGCUUGAGCCAUCAUGCUGUUGAUAAAAUUAGUCAUGAGGUCCCAUUGAAAGCAAUGAGAUUCAUUUAGUUGUGUGACUAACUUACGUUAUUCUGCUAACAGCCAGCAGGGAUAAAUAGGGGUUAUUGAAAUUUCAAGGAAUAUAUUUGAAAACAAGGUGUCUCCAUCCAGUUUUGGUCAAUUCUCACUUCCUCCAUUUUAGAAGUCACCUUGACGCUCGGGAGUGGCUUUUUUGGAGGUGGGGGCAGUAAAACUCGCCUCCCUCUUGUUGUUCCUGGGAUCCAACCCAGCCAUGCCCCUCUGCAAGCAAUGGCUUGUUUUUUGUUUGUUCGUUUCUUACGUCAUAUACAUUUUAAUCCAUAACCUCUAAUUUCAUACACCACAGACCUGACAUACCCUUUUCCUGAGGCCCUUUGUAAAAUCUAGUUCAAAUAUCAUUGCAAUUCAAAGGGAUGCAAGACUGACAAUUGAGACUGUUGCGGCAUACCACUAAAACGGUUGGGAUUGGACAGGAAGGCUUCACUUCAGCCAGCUUUUAAUCUUCUGUACUGUACUACUGAGCUUGUUUCAUAGAGUACCCCUCAACUCACCAAAGUCAUGACCGGGGCUGAAACUGUGUGCCAAAAUAUACGUUCGAAUUAUAUGCUCUUUAAGUCAUGUUGCAUCAGUAAUUUGGAAAGCACUUUCCGUAUUAUAGAAAUGUGAAAGGAUUACAAGGCACUUAGAAGUUAUCUUCAUACCACACUUGUGCACUCACCAUAUGGAGGCAGAUAGCAAUGGCAUCCCUGUGUGCCCUCUCCACACCACUGCUAUGAAGUAAUACAGCUGCUCAUGUGACUAGGUCAUGUGGAGAGUUUCUGCACCGAUACGGCACCAUUCAUGGCAAUGGCUAGCAUGAAACAGGUGAAUGCCAUCCUACACAUUAAGAGUGUAGAGAACACCUCAUGGGGAUGCUAUUUUAAACAGUCUCUAUGUGAUAGAGCUGGUCUACAUGUUAAUCACUAAGAGAAUUGUUCGCAUUGUGUCUUACAAAGAGAUGUGUUGCAUACAUUGUGAUCUCUGAAAAGGUAGUCAGUUGUUCGUUGUUGCACGAUUGAACCAUGUGGUUAAGCACUUCUUCACAAGCAAGAAUGACUGAAUUGUCCUGUCCGUGAAAUCUGUGGUUAUUAUAAUGUGAUAUCACUCAGGAAACUUAAUAUACUGCUUUGUAACCAUUGAAUUGGACCACACUUUGAAAUCUUAAUUUGAAAAAUGUUGCAGUCUAAGCAUGAUGGUGUUACUAAAUUUGUAUUUCUGCAUUUGUAUUUCAUUCUGAAUUUUAGAUUUUUACGCUGUGGGAAAAAUUAUUGAAAUGUGUCUAAGUAAAAGCAUGAUCAUCAAAGCCAUAUUUGUGCAAAAUCUCCUGGUUAUUAUCCUUUCUACUGUUUUUGUAACCUUCUGUGGAUGUAUUCCCGUGUAAAUAGUGCUCAGACUUGUUAAUGUUGUAAAUUUUGUACAUUGUAUAAAUAAAUGAUGUUUUAAACAUGGCAUGUUUGAAUGAUUUUUCU